AUGCGAGCAGCGUAUUUCACAGCUAUAUUCUUUUCUGCUACUUUAAGUUUAGGUGCACCGACAGUAUUGAAAGAUCUCAUGUCGACUCAUUCACCUGAUACAUCCUCAAUGCCAUUAAGUCAAAUCGGAACUAUCCUUCAUCCUUCUCCUCCUCCUCCAUCUAAACACGAAGAAUACAUUUCAGGAGCACUGAAAGAACACAAACCUUCUAAAAGACUUGAUCUUCCCUUAUCAAAUAUGAAAGAGCUCACCGACAACGAUGGAGAUUUGUUUGUGAAGACACUUCAAAGUCAAAGUGACAUGAAGAAGUUAAAGGAAGCUUCAAGUUCAGUAGACAAGUUAAUGGGAGAUAUGACAACCCAAUCGAAUAGACGAAUUGGGAAAAGAGGAUUUGAAGAAUUGGGCGUGAUUGAUCAUUUGGGAAGAAAAGUUUUGAAAAGAGGUAAUGAUUUCCAAAUUCAGGAACCUGCUGAUCAAGGUAGACAGUGGGGUGGUGCGGUUGAAUUAGAUGAUGAAGAUGAUGAGCCUUUCUGGGGUUAA